ACUAGAGCAGGCCAUAGACACACAACAUGGACGUGCCCCACAUCAAGAGGAACGACUUCCAGCUCAUAGGCAUCCAGGACGGGUACCUGUCCCUGCUGCAAGACAGCGGCGAAGUGCGCGAGGACCUGAGGCUGCCCGAGGGGGAGCUGGGCAAGGAGAUCGAGCAGAAAUACGACUGUGGGGAGGAGAUCCUGAUCACGGUGCUGUCAGCCAUGACUGAGGAAGCUGCUGUCGCCAUCAAGGCCAUGGCAAAAUAGGGGAGAUGCAGGUGUGGGGCAGGGG